CUAUGCAAUAGGCAUCGUCACGUGGCUAUCGUCAGGAACACAUCUCGAAUCGUGACUGGCGCUUAAUAACAACGACAACUAGAAAUCAGAAUACAAUAAAAACUAGUGAAAAAAGCAAGCAAAUACGAAAUAGAAAGGUUUUAUCGCAACCGCAAAACAAACAAUAAUACCUGCAUCUGGAUUGUGCACUAGUUAAUACACAUUCAUUAAACACGAACUGCAAAUUCGUUGCCAAAUUUCACUGAAUUCCCAAUCGUCGUCGCCGCAGCAGUAGCAAAAUGGCCGGAGCAACACUUUUCGAGCGUGCCCAGGCGCUGUCCAGCGUGAAUCGCGAGGAGGGCAUCUCUCUGCUAAAUAAAAUAGUGCGUGAACAGGAAGUCGCUGAAAACGAUGAGGAGCUCAUACGCAUCAAGGAGCAGGGCAUUAUGCAGCUGGGGGAGCUCUACAAACAGGAGGGCAAGGCCAAAGAGUUGGCCGAUUUGAUUAAGGUGACUCGGCCGUUUUUGAGUCUGAUCAGCAAGGCAAAAGCCGCUAAACUGGUGCGUUCGCUGGUCGACAUGUUCCUCGACAUGGAUGCAGGCACUGGCAUUGAGGUUCAACUAUGUAAAGACUGCAUCGAGUGGGCCAAGCAGGAGAAGCGAACUUUCUUGCGUCAAUCGCUUGAGGCGCGUCUCAUUGCACUCUACUUUGACACGGCUCUGUAUACGGAGGCACUUGCGCUUGGGUCUCAGCUGCUGCGCGAACUGAAAAAACUCGAUGAUAAAAAUCUGCUUGUCGAGGUGCAAUUAUUGGAAAGCAAAACGUAUCAUGCACUAAGCAAUUUACCCAAGGCACGCGCCGCUUUAACCUCAGCUCGCACCACAGCAAAUGCCAUCUACUGUCCCCCGAAAGUGCAGGGCGCUCUUGAUCUCCAGUCGGGCAUUUUGCAUGCUGCCGAUGAGCGUGACUUUAAAACCGCCUUCUCCUAUUUCUAUGAGGCAUUUGAGGGCUUCGAUAGCGUUGACAGCGUCAAGGCGCUCACAUCACUUAAGUACAUGUUGCUGUGCAAGAUCAUGCUGGGCCAGUCGGACGACGUCAAUCAGAUAGUUAGUGGCAAGCUGGCCAUAACCUAUUCCGGCCGUGAUGUUGAUGCCAUGAAAGCUGUGGCAGAGGCCUCUCACAAACGCUCGCUGGCCGACUUUCAGCAGGCGUUAAAAGACUACAAUAAGGAGUUGGCCGAGGAUGUCAUUGUGCAAGCACAUCUGGGCACGCUCUACGACACCAUGCUGGAGCAGAAUCUAUGCCGCAUUAUCGAGCCAUAUUCUCGUGUUCAGGUGUCGCAUGUGGCGGAGAGCAUUCAACUGCUUAUGCCGCAGGUGGAGAAGAAGCUAUCACAAAUGAUAUUGGAUAAAAAGUUUAGCGGUAUUUUGGAUCAAGGCGAGGGUGUGCUCAUUGUGUUCGAGGAGACGCCCGUUGAUAAGACAUAUGAGCGCGUUCUGGAGACCAUACAGAGCAUGGGCAAGGUGGUGGAUACACUCUAUCAGAAGGCCAAGAAGCUCUCAUAAGUAAUUGCAGCUAAAAGUAACCAUAAACCCACACACAACACACAUCCACGCGAUCCACUUCAAUUAAAAAGCUGCGAAAUUAGAUGACAACUUUCUUUCUGCUUACAUUUCGACAAAUUCCCUCACCGAGUCUUCAAAAAACUACAUAAAUCAGAAACUAUGUUUCGGUACGAUUAACAACUGGAAAAAUAAACAAUAAUUGGUGGUAAUAGCAGUUACAAAUAAUGUGUAAAACGUAAUAUAAUAUUUCUAAGCAUAAUUAUUCAAAAAUAAAUGCGUGCGCGAUAUUGUAAGCAAAAUUAUUCAAUUAACUGAUAAUAAAAAAAGAAAACCAAAAGC